AUGAGCAAAGAAUUGAACGAGAACAUUUUGUUUGUUGUUGUAAAGGAGGAAAGUUAUUCAAUAAAUGCCAUGACUUACGAAGGAACAUUCGCAAUAACCCACUCUAUUGAGACAACGGAGAAUUUAAAUUUGAAUGUUAUUAUUGUGGUUCACAAAAAAGCACAGAGUUGGUGGGAUACUCUUUCUAGUUCCGAGCGAGAAAAAGAAUUAGCGAGGGUGGUUGAAAAUAUGAAAUUAGGAAAAUACUGGGCGAAUAAUGUGAAAGAAGGGGAAGCUUCUGCGUCCACAAGCGAUGUGCCGAUUCAAAUUGCGGAAGAGUUUAUGGAAAGAGAAUUUGGGAAGGUUGAUUUAGCCUUAGUAUUGAGAAAAGACUACCAAAUAAUAAAAAAAGAUGGUAAUGAUGAUAAAGAAAAUUCGCCACCUAAUCUGGCUUCAUCUCAAUCCUUAACUAAUUCAAACGGCAAGAGUGAUAAUCCAGUAAAUUCUCCCAACUCAAACCCAGAACCAGAUCAAUCGCCAGCAAGUAGCAUUAAAACUAUUAAAUUUGAAAACAAAGAGGAUGACGACAAUAAUAAUCCUACUGAUCCCGUUGAAAAAUCAUCUAAUAAAAAACUAGUUAUCAAUUUAAGAGACAUUAAACAAAUAACUCUAACCCCCGAUGGUAAUUUAGUUAUUGAAUUUAAUAAGUCUGAAAAUAAUAAUAGUCAAGAAACACAAAUUAUAACUGAUCAACAAAUAAAUAGCAGUCAAGAACUACAAACGGUUAAAAAUUAUUUACAAAAAAGCAAACAAAAGAGCGCUAGUCAGCAAGAGUUAAAUAAUAUUUUGAAUACUAAUUCUAACACCACAGAAAAACCCAAGGACAACAGCAAUAUUCUCUUAGUGGUUGGUAUAGGUGGAGCCUUAACGAUAGGGUUAUUAAUUGGCUUGUUCAUAAGAAGAAAAAGGAAGGUUGGAAAGAAUUAA